GUUGGCAGCAUGGUCUGUUUUCGUUUCUUUUAUUUUUCUCAAAACCAUUAUCAAUUAAACUUUUUCUCCAAACAUGAAAAGCAAAAGCAUCUGUUUCUGCAUCAGAGGGCGGCACAGCAAGAGAAAGGAAAGCAAAGUGGAAGAUUUGGAGAAACAUGUGAAGCCUAAUUACAAGGUGAAAACAAAGGGGUGUGAUCCAAGAAGUUUUGUUGGUGAUGGUGGUGACAGCAAUGUUCAUGGAGGUAGCAUGGUUGGUAGCAAUGAUACAGGAGUUAGUGUUGCUGUGAUAAGUGCAGCUCAUAUGUCAAUGAGUGGCAAUGAAGAUGGAUGUGGAAAUGGGCAUAUGGGGGAAUCUGGGGCAGAUGCUGGUGGUGACUGAUAUGUCAUACUCAGAUGUUACUGUCAAACAUAAAACUUUCAUGUACUUCCUUAAUAAAUGUUUCUUUUUGGUGUUGUUCUUUAACUGUAAUAGUUAUAAUUUAAUGCUACUUGUUGUAAUGUAAAGUAUU